CCCAACCCACGAGCCUUGCAUGCCUCUGUUCCUUACUCCGCCGCCUUAGUCUGCGUCGGUCUGCCUAGGCCCCGCAGCAGCAGCCAGCCAGCUCUACGCUGAACAGCAAGUGUUAUAACACGAACCUGGUCGUCCCCGUCAGCGGCUAGGAUUGAUCAGGUUGAUGGGUUGACCCCCUGGACCGGAUCACGGCAAGCGGCUGGGGACAUCCUACGUGUAGCAGGACGCUCGAGUUCAGAGAACCUGAAUGCUCGAUACCAAUGUAGCAGCAGGAACGCCGUAAAAGGACUUGAUGAUGAGCUGGGGCUACCCUUAGAGUAGGGACUUACGCGCCGUCAGGCCUUCCUCCCACAACUACCCAAUGCCCUGCGAUUUCAUCCCUUGGUGCGCGGAAGCAGAGGAGAGGACGGAGCGGGGAGCGCCGACUCGGAAGCGGGUUUGCGGUAGAAGGCGCUAAACAUGAACUAAGGAGAGAAAGACCGGCUCAGCCCCGUCUCGAUCAGGGAUCAAUACUGAAGUAUCAAUAUUGACUGGCCGGAACACUGAGCGCAAAGGUUUUGCAGUUGAGAUGGCCUGUACGGCCUUGACGUUCGGUAUUUUCGGCGCAAGGGGGGCCACCGCCGGAAGCAAUCGAAGCACUGGCAGCCGCGAGCCAGGACAGCGCGGCGGCGGCGCCAGAAGCGGGGCCAAUUCCAUAUGAGCAUGGGCCACUGGCGGCACAUGUCAGGCCUGGAACGACUCCAGCCAAACCGCCCACAGCUUGCGCCAGCCCUGCAGGCGUACGUCGGCGGCAUCCCCACGGCGGCGACCGCGUCGGCGGCCCGGUUUGAAGAGCGCCUGCGCUACCUCUUCGCCAGUGGGGCGGCAGGGCAGGCGGCGGGGCAGGCGGCGGGGCAGGCGGCGAACCGCGACGUCUCCGCCGCCAACGUGAUCCGUGUGCUCCUCCUGCUGAAGCUGAUGGGCUUCGAGCGGCCGACCAAGCUGCAGCGGCCGCCAUGGCCGCCGGCGGAGGCGGGGCCGGGCUGAGAGCCUGAACGGCGCUAGCAGGGCGUGGGGCUGAGGGUGCACGUGUCGAUUGGCGGCGAGUGACGUGACUAGUUUGUUAGCUGCGGGUUAGCACGGACUGUGCACCCCACCCAACCGGCCACGUCCGGAUUUGCGGGGAUGCCAAAGGCCCCCAACAUAGAGGCGUGUGCUUAGUAGGCGCCCGCGUCAAGGUGGCUGGGUUGAUAACGACCCGGGAUCAGCCCUU